CGCCCGUUGUACGGAACUACUAGGUACCUAGCCUCCUUGUAUAUCGAUAUAUGGUUGGUCAUCAUUAGGGCUCACCAAAACUGGCAGGUUCAAUUGAAUUAAUCAUCGUUGAAAUGGCUUCACCACACCCCCUUUCCGCAGCUGCCUUGUUUUCGCUCAAGGGCUACGUCGCCGUCGUGACUGGCGGCGGGACGGGCGUCGGAUUGAUGAUCGCCCAAACACUGGCUGCCAACGGGGCUAAAGUCUACAUCACCGGACGUCGCGUCGAGGUCCUUGAAACGAGUGCCCAUGUCCAUGGCGCGCCGGAAAGGCUUGGGGCGAGUGGUGGCGGUAUCGUACCGCUUGCCAUGGACGUUACCUCGAAGGAGAGCGUCAGGGCCACUGUGGCGAAGAUCACGGAGAAGGAAGGGUUUGUUAACAUUCUUGUCAAUAACGCGGGGGUGUGGGGCGGACGACCGACCGCGAGCCCAAAGGAUGGACCGGAGGCUUUUAGUGAGGCGAUGAUGGCCGAGGAGAAGGAGGAUAAUUGGCAGAAAUCAUUCGACAUCAAUGUUACCUCGCAGUAUUUCGUUACCGCCGCAUUUCUGCCCCUCCUUGCUAAGGCGGUAUCGGGCCCGACGGGAAAGGUGGGCAGUGUGAUCAAUAACUGCUCGGUAGGGGGUUGUCUGCGAAUGUCGCAAAACCGCCAGUUCUCUUAUAAUGCUAGCAAAGCCGCGUUUAUACACCUUACGCGCCAAUUGGCGUUCGAACUGAGCCAUGAGCAGGUGAAUGUUCGUGUCAAUGGGCUUGCUCUAGGGUACUUCCCAUCCGAAAUGACCACCGGCGAAUCCAACGGCGAGAACGAGAGCACGGCCUCCAACGAGCAAUUCGGGAAAUUCUUGGAGAGCAUGGGCGGUAGGAUACUUAACCGUAUGGGAACGCCACAGGAGCUUGCUAGUGUUGUGCUGAUGCUUGCUACGAAUGACUUUGUCUGGGGUACUGUCACGAUUGUUGACGGCGGGUUUACCUUGGCCCUUCCUGGGAAUAUGUGAUCCUAUGAGUACCUGAUAGAUAGGGGGGCAGAGGGUAGUUUAAGACAACUUAGGUACAGGCAGGUAGGUAUCUCUAGGCCACUGGGGCAUAUAUCAAUAAGAAAGAGUAUUGAAGAAGAAAA